AAAAACAGGUUCAUCACUGGUAUCACUGCCUCCUCCAUGGCCUCCUUUUGCCCCACUAUGAGCGCAAGUUCCAUUCCCUCUACCAGUAUCGCUCUUGUGGGGAAUGGACGAACAGGCGCCGUCAUUCCAGCCAGUCGCGAUACAAAGUUCAAAGAGCCAGCUUGUAACUCGUAUAUUUAUUAAGAAUCGGAAAUUCGCACUUCCUAGUUGAGCUAAGUUAGUCUCCCGACGUCAUCGACAGCGCGAUCGAAUACGUAGAGAAAAAAAAUCGACGCGCGUUCGAUUUACAUUUUUCCUCCUGUCGCUGGUCGUUCAAGUCAGCAACCACGAAGCUGCUUGAGGGCUGCACUACUGAGUGCGAGGUUGGGAGGGCCAUGAAGACGUCCACGUUAUCGUGCAGUGACUUGAUCAAACAGGAGAUACGAGAUGCCUGCAAGGACCUCGUCCUAUCUGACGACCAGCUACGGCAAGUCAUGCAGGCGCUCGAUGACGAGAUCAACAAGGGCCUGGCGAAGGAGACUCACGAUGAUGCGAUCGUCAAAUGUUUCACUACUUACGUGCAAGAUCUGCCAAACGGCACCGAGAAGGGCAACUUCCUGGCGCUGGAUUUGGGCGGUACGAACUUCAGGGUGCUGCUGAUCACACUGGACCGUCAGAAUUUCGACAUGAAAAGCAAGAUCUACGCGAUACCUCAAAGUUUGAUGCUCGGAACCGGUACCCAGUUGUUCGACCACAUUGCUCAGUGUUUGGCGUUGUUCGUAAAAGACCUGAACUUGCAGAACGAGGUACUACCAUUAGGCUUCACGUUCAGCUUCCCCCUGACUCAAUACGGAUUGACAGAGGGCCAUUUAGUGAGGUGGACCAAGGGCUUCGAUUGUAGCGGUGUAAUCGGUCAGGAUGUCGUUGCUCUUCUCGAAGACGCAAUUAGUAGAAGAAGAGAUGUUAAAAUUGAUGUGUGUGCAAUUUUAAAUGACACCACCGGCACUUUAAUGUCAUGUGCUUGGAAGAAUCAAAACUGUCGAAUUGGUUUAAUCGUCGGUACUGGGAGCAACGCCUGCUAUGUCGAAAAAACGAAGAAUGUGCAGUGUGCGAUUCCAGGCAACUAUGACCCAAACAAGCCUCAUAUGCUCAUCAACACGGAAUGGGGCGCAUUUGGCGAAAACGGCGCACUAGAUUUUGUGAUGACUGAAUUCGAUCGUGCCAUAGAUGAGAAUUCUAUCAACCGUAACAAGCAGUUGUUUGAGAAAAUGAUCUCGGGAAUGUAUAUGGGUGAACUAACGAGGUUGGUUCUCGAGAAGCUGGUGAAUGCCGGUCUCCUCUUCGGCGGCAAAUGUCCCAGCGAUCUCAAAAAACGUGGCAAAUUCUUCACAAAAUAUGUAUCCGAGAUCGAAAAUGAUCCAAAAGGAAGGUACACAAACUGCCGGGAAGUAUUGGCCGAGUUGGGUAUACGAAAUGUCAGCGAUCAGGAUUGUGAGAAUGUGAGAUACGUAUGUUCGGUGGUGUCGAGAAGAGCGGCGCAUCUCUCGAGUGCGGGAAUAGCGACGUUGCUGAACAAAAUAGGGGAGAACAAUAUUACAGUUGGCAUCGACGGAUCGGUAUAUCGAUUCCACCCGCAUUUUCACGACCUCAUGACGGCAAAGAUCAGUGAACUUCAGAAGUACAAGUUCGAUUUGAUGCUCUCGGAAGACGGUAGCGGCCGAGGCGCCGCUCUAGUCGCGGCAGUGGCAUCACAGAGGCGGUGAAGACGCGGUUGCCGGUAGCGAGCUAGCUGCAAUUUAAUUAUAUGUAUAAAAUCGAGCGACGGUAUGAGAGAGCUGGAAUGAAUGGCGAACGAGUGAGAGCGAUCGAGUAUGGGAAAAAAAUUAGGGAUUUUUUUUUCUUGCGUUCGUUUCAGCUGCAAUUUUUACACUCUUCCCUCUUUUAAAACCGUUUUAGAUAAAUUCUUUUAAGGUUUCUGCGAAGCCUGGAUAGUUCGCCGAUUAGGAAAAGGACUCUUAGAUGUAUUCAGCUGUCGAAGAUUAGAUUACGGGUCUGUUUUUGAUAAAAAGAAAAGGAUUUUUAAAGUAACACGCAUUGCCACACGUGUUACCUGCCUUGUUUUUGAGUGUAAAAAGGUGCGAGAGAGCGUUUGAAGGAAACGAACGGCAUCCAAAAAUUGCGCGAUGAAUAUUUCUUGUACAUAGAGCACAAAAAAGCAGUAACUUAGUGGAUUAGAAGACGGUGAUAAUUACUUAGUGUUCUUGCGAGAGAGAAACCAGAGAAAAUCAAGGAUAUAGAUAUCUUUCCUGCGGCGGUCCAGUACGACGAUCGCUAAUUAGCGUGAUUCGCAUAUCCACUCGUUAGCGUAAUCAGUUAAUCAUCUUGCGAUUCCGCGAGGCCAAAUUAGAGAGAAAGCGUUAGAUAUGUUUGAAUAACAAGUGAAAAAAAUUACCGGCUAUAUUAAACCGGGAAGAAAAAAUAUCGAGUGGCCGUGUCAAUUGUUAAUUGUUAAUAAAAAUAUUAAUGAGUGUAAAAUUAAAUCGAUGAUAAAUAGAUCAUAGUGAUUAUCAGAAGGAAUUGAAAGAUUCCAGAAUAAAACACAGUUUUUCAUCGAUUAGAAUAUUGUUUUAGUUAAUCCUUUUAUUUCAUUAUAGUAUAACGUAUAUCCCCACAAACCACCGAAUAACUUGCAUCAAAUUUUUCAUCAAUUUAAAAACUAUUCUUCAGAAAAAAAAAAUUAAGCUGCCUUUAUAGUAUUAUCAGGUAAAAAUAAGAUAAUAUAUAGAAAAUUAAAUUUUAACGAAAAAAAAAA